UGACAUUUCAAGUGAAGUGUUUUGAAGUUUGUACCACACUGUACUUUGAACUCGCACAAAAUUCAAAUUUUAUUACGCUCGAGUUGAUAUGAGUUGUGAAAUUUAAAUGAUUUGAAUUGUGUCGUUUGUUAACAAUAUUAAAAACUGUGAUAUCUACAUGAAGUAAACGAAAUUAAUUCCAUGGCUUUUGGCGUUGACCCAAGAUACAAGCAGCUGUAAGUUUCGUGAGAGACUCAUUUUCUCUUAUCUACAAUUCUUUAUAAAAGAUAAUACUGCUGCAACUACUUUUAUGAUAUCAGUAAUUGUUGACUUGUGCGUUGUCAAGGUGUGAAAUCGAAUACCAUUGUAGUGUCACAUUAAGGUUAUUUCAAAAUCAUGAUACUGAAAGGCAAAUUAUUGAAGGCGCUAAUUUUGGGUGCUCCGGCAUCGGGAAAAGGUACUAUUUCAUCUCGUAUUGUAAAAAAAUACAACAUUGCACAUGUGUCCAGUGGAGACAAAUUGAGAGAACAUAUAGAGCAUCAGACAGACUUGGGGAAAGAAGUGAAAAAAUAUUUAAAUGAGGGAAAAUUAGUCCCAGACGAUUUAAUAAUAAAGUUUAUGAUAAUUGAACUGAAAAAAGUUGAAACUAAACCAUGGUUAUUAGAUGGCUUCCCCAGAACGGUUGCACAGGCAAAUGCUUUAUGGAAAACUCAACCCGUCGAUGUAGUGCUCAACCUGGUGGUGCCGUUUGAUGUGAUCAUUGACAGGGUCAAAAACCGCUGGGUGCAUUUGCCUUCAGGAAGAGUCUACAACAUUGGGUUCAAUACACCAAAACAUCCCGGUAAAGAUGAUAUCACAAAUGAAGACUUAGUUCAACGUCCUGAUGACAGGCCAGAGGCAGUGAGACAACGUCUUGAAAUAUAUGAUAGUAUUACUCGCCCUGUUAUUGAUUUUUAUAAAGAAAAGGGAAUCCUUAAAGAAUUUGAAGGACGAACUUCUGAUGAAAUUUGGCCAAAGGUAGUGGCCUUUUUGGAUCCUAUAUUUAACAAGAAGUAGUGCUCUACAGGACUAGAAGAUAGCUUUAAUAAUUGGUGCUAGAAUUUUUUAAAAGUUUUGUAAAGUAUGUUUAAGUAGAACUGCGGGCUCAGCACGGUUCCAUUUUUAUUGACUAUCACUAUGUGCGUCCCUUUCGCACUUACAUACUUGUUAGAACGUGACAGGCAUGGUGACAAGGGAUAAAAACGCGACCCUGCUAAGCCGCCUGGACUCAUUGUUGUUGUUUGUAUUUAAAGAGAAGCCAUUAUCAAUUAGAUUUAGAUGAAAUAAAACCAUAUCUGCUAAUUUGAUAUGAUUAGUUGACAUAAUGACUUAGGUACAUUAGAUUAGUAAAGACUGCUCUAGCUAAUGUACUAUAGUUUGUGUAAGUAUAAUGUUAAAUAAAAUCAUGUAAAAAUAUUAUACACUUAAUACUUUGGUACAACUUACAAUUAAGCAAGUAUAACAAUUCUCAAAUCUGUCUUCCACAUUUGUAAUUAAUUAUAGUCAAUAUACAUGUGUACUUAUAUUUUAAUAGUUUUAGACAGCAUAAGUAUUUUAAUAUUUUGCAGUGAUUUGCAUCAAUGUUUACUUUUUAAGCAUACAUGGCAGUAGGUAUACAAAUAAUAUGUUUAUUAGUUAGUUGUUAAAGUCAUAGUCAAUGUAACCAAAUCAUCUUAGCCAUUUUUAUUUUUUAUCAUGAUUAUAUUGCUGUUGAGUGUGAA